GUACAAUUACACGGAUCUUAUUGGAAAUUCAGUUACAAUCAUUUCGAUGUGGUCGUCAAUUGAUCGUCUUUUACUUGUCUUCGUAAUCGUCUUGGGUCGUAGGUUGUUUGUCUUGUACUGCCAGCCUUCGGAGUUGAGCCCAUCCUCGCGUUUUUUGUGUCCGGGUCAAGUACAAAUUCUGUCUUCAUCAUAAGAACAUCUCUCGUAAUUCUUUCUCUGUCUCACACUCAAAAUUUAAACUCUAAGUAUUCUUGUGUACGCCUGGGUGCCUCUGAAGCCUAUCCAUGCUUCUAAGCGGCUACGCCGUCUUAGUCUACAGCCUACAGUCUACGCUUAUAUUUAGCUAUUUGUAUAUAUAACUUGAAACUACCACCGACACUAGAGAAAUGAGAUCAAACUAUACGCUACUAUGUGCCUGCACAACAACCGGUGGUGACCGGUAUAAGUAAGCUGCGCUGUUUUUCUUCUCACGAAAUAGCUGCAAGUACACAAAACCGUUAGUACAAAGCUGUGCACCAACACUCUGAGUUCAGGGAAGGGAUGUUUAUCUUGAGAGUUUUGUUAUCAGUCUCGGGGCAGGAGUGACAGUGAGAAUAAUUCUGUGACUUAGUCGCGUAUCUCACGUUAGGCUUCGAUCUUCUCUUAGCCAUUUCCAAAACAUCUGCCAACUUUCCCUAUGGACCUUCCUUUAUCGUCCUCCUAUGAUCAAUGUCUUCCAAGUACUGUAGUUUUUUUUUCCCCACAACUCUGUAUUCUCCCUGUUUUUGAGUGGUCGGCCAGAUGCUCACGAUUCUAAGCAGCACAGUUUUCAACAAAUGAUUACGUCAAGAGGAUAAAUCAGAAAAAUGCAUGCAAAUAACGAGACACGCGACCGGAAGAAUCUCGAGGAAAGAUCGAAUAUAUUCAGCUUGUUGUUUUUCGGGUGGACAUUUCCGAUUUUUCGAGAGGGAGCGAGGCGUAAUUUGAAGUUAGAAGAUUUGUACGAUCCCUUGAAAUCUGACGCAUCCGAGAGCCUCAGCGAUCGACUUGAAAAAGAGUGGAAAAAGGAGUUGAUGAAUGCAAACCGAAAUUGGAGUCUGGCGAGAAAUCAGAGGAAUCAUUCAAGGCCAAGACCAAGUUUGAUGUGGACGUUGAUUCGGAUUCUUUGGGCACCAUAUUUGGUGCAAGGACUGCUCCUCUUCGCACAACUGAUGGUACUGCGUGUUCUACAACCGAUACUCCAGGGUUGGAUAAUCGACUACUUCAAUCAGGCAGAAGAGCAGAUAACACAAAACGAUGCUCUCCUCUAUUCUGUUUAUCUGGUUGUUGUCACUCUCAGUGUUGUCUUCGUAACUCAUCACACCGAUUUUCGGAAUCGGCAGACCGGAAUGCGCGCAAGGGUUGCAUGCUGCUCGUUAAUAUACAGAAAGGUUCUACGGUUAGAUCAGAAUGCGACGAACAAUGCGGCGGGCUUAAUAGCUAAUUUGAUGAGUAAUGAUGUCGCACGUUUCGAUUCGUUACCGGCAUAUUUUCACUUCGUCUGGAUCUCGCCAUUCCAGGUCGUAUUGAUUGGAUAUGUGAUGUGGCAAAUCGUCGGUCCAACUUCGUUAGUAGGAAUCGUCGUCAUGAUGUUACAGACCAUUCCUCUUCAAGGGUACUUGAGUACCGUCAGCAGGAAGCUACGGUCGAAGAUUGCGGCGAAGACGGAUUACCGGGUACAACUGAUGAGUGAACUGAUUUCUGGAAUACAGGUUGUCAAGAUGUACGCGUGGGAAAAACCAUUUGAGUUGAUAGUAUCGAAAGUUCGAGCGGUGGAGAUGAAACUGGUCGGGUAUACGUCGUACCUCAGGGGAAUAUAUCUGAGUAUUACGGUCUUCACGGAAAAAACCACUCUUUUCUUAACACUGAUUGUAUUCGUUCUUAAUGGGAAUUCGCUUACUGCAAAUAUUACAUUCGUAUUAUCAACGCUAUUCAAUGUACUACAAUUCACGUGUGCUAUAUGCUUACCCAAGGCAAUACUCAUGGCUGGUGAAACUGCUGUAUCUCUGGAGAGAAUAACGGACUUUUUACUUUUGGACGAAAGUAAAUCACUAGAAACAGUCGAUAUCCCAUCGGUCUGCGGGGUGCAGACUGUGGAAGAACCCACGACAUCAGGUCAUCAAACCGAUAAUGGAAUUGGAAUCCAAAUGAUCAACGUUGGGGCAAACUGGAUUGAUAGUCAGAUACCACCGACUUUGUGUCACAUAUCGCUGGAUUUAAAAAAUCAGUCACUCUGUGCUCUCGUGGGUUCGAUUGGUUCGGGAAAAUCAUCUCUGCUUCACCUGAUAUUAGGGGAGUUGAAACUGGGAGCUGGAAGCGUGUCGUUCUACUGUAUUGAAAAUGGUAUCAGGACUACUAAAAAUAGUCACGAUAUUCGUAUUUCAUAUGCUGGCCAAAACCCUUGGGUUUUCCUUGCCUCCAUACGCGAGAACAUUCUAUUCGGCCAGCCGUAUGACGAAAGUCGAUACCAAGAGGUGAUACGAGUUUGCGCUCUGGUCGAAGACUUCGAACAGUUUCCCCAAGGUGAUUUGAGCUGUGUGGGAGAAAAAGGAGCGUCUUUGUCCGGGGGCCAGAGAGCCCGUAUCAAUUUGGCUAGAGCUAUUUACAGAGAUGCCGAUGUCUACCUCCUGGAUGAUCCUCUCAGUGCUGUAGACACUGGCGUGGCUCGUCACUUGUUCGAAGAAUGCAUUAAGGGCUUCCUGGAUCAAAAGACUCGAAUACUCGUUACUCAUCAAGUACAAUAUCUUCAGCAAGCUGACACUGUUAUAGUUCUCGAUCGGGGCAUGGUGAAGUGCCAAGGGACAUACGAAAAUCUGGUCCAAUCGCAAUCCCAGUUGUUAACUUCUGAGCAGUCCAAAGAACUCGAUGAAUUAGGAAGAAUUAAAAAAAAUAUCCAGGUGACGCCUACAGCUACGAAUAGCAAUGAUCAGCUGGCGGAAGAGUUCAAAACCGCUGAAAACUCCAGAGAUAUCCCAGAAGAAGAGGUAAUGACAGGAAAUAUGUCGAGUCAAGUAUACUGGAGCUAUUUCCUGGCGGGUGGUAAUAUCUGCUCGUUGAUUUUUAUCGCGACAAUUUUUGUGAUCGGUCAAGUGGCGACAACCGGGAUCGAUUACUGGGUAUCGUACUGGAGUAACCAAGAAGCUAUCAGAUUCACGCUACAAUCUAAAAGAUUCAAUACUUCCAAUACAAGCAGUCACAUGAAUAUUGACGAUAAUCAGCCACUGCUGUACUCGACAUCCCAUUCGCAGUGGAUUGAUGAAUUCGGACUGCUGCAUCAAGACGUGGCAAUUUAUAUCUACGCCGGAUGUAUUGUCAGCUGUAUUAUCCUCGUUACACUACGCCACUUGCUCUUCAUGAAGAUGUGCGUCAAUGCCAGCUGCAAUCUACACAAUUCCAUGUUCGCCAACAUUCUUGUAACUACUAUGCGGUUCUUCAAUACUAAUCCAUCUGGAAGGAUUCUCAAUAGAUUCUCCAAGGACAUGGGUGCGAUGGAUGAACUGCUGCCCAACACCAUGCUGGAAGCACUUCAAAUUUUGACUAUGAUGAUAGGAAUGUUUACGAUAGUGGCUGUGGUUAACCCGUGGAUGAUCAUCCCCAUAGUUAUUAUCAAUGGAAUCUUCUACGUGAUUCGGUUCUACUACCUUAAAACGGCGCAGGACAUCAAACGACUCGAGGGGAUCGCAAAGAGUCCCAUGUUUUCACACGUCACUUCUACUUUGGAUGGGCUAACGACAAUACGAAGCCGAGGCACCGCAGUAGAAUCAAUGUUGCGAAAAGAAUUUGAUCGUCUUCAAGACGAACACACCAGGGCCUCGUACCUUACUAUUGCAGGGGCCUCUGUUUUUGGGCUGACCCUCGAUAUUUGUUCAGUGAUUUUGAUUGCUUGCGUUUGCUUUUCAUUCAUCCUCAUGGACGACGGAAACUUUCUCGGAGGAUCUGUGGGACUUGCUAUAUCUCAAUCUCUGGCGAUGUCUGGAGUGGUUCAAUAUGGUAUGUGGCAGACUGCUGAAGUAAUCUCGCAGAUGACAUCGGUCGAAAGAGUAUUACAAUAUACAAACUUGCCUAAGGAGGGACCGUUUACGACUGAGCAGCCUCCGUCACCCACUUGGCCUUCCGAUGGUGGUUUGAUCUUUAAGAACGUUACCAUGAGAUAUGCCGAUAAUGAACCACCUGUCUUAAAGGGCCUGAACGUGGAUAUAAAACCUGGUUGGAAGGUUGGCAUAGUGGGAAGAACAGGUGCUGGUAAAUCGUCGCUAGUUUCGGCAUUGUUUCGAUUACAUGACGGAGGUACGGACGGUGAAAUAAUAAUAGAUGGGAUUAACACGAGGUCAGUGGGGCUGCACGAGCUACGUCGCGGCAUCUCGAUAAUCCCUCAGGAGCCUAUUUUAUUCUCGGAAACUCUCCGCUAUAACUUGGACCCCUUUGGACAUUACUCAGACACCGAGCUUUGGCACAGCCUCCGUGAAGUGGAACUUGAAAAUAUGAUUUCAUCCUUGGACAUUCCAGUUGCCGAAGGUGGAGCUAACUUCAGCGUUGGCCAACGUCAAUUAAUCUGCCUGGCCAGAGCCAUCCUUAAGGAAAAUAAGCUACUCGUGCUUGACGAAGUCACUGCUAACAUUGAUCCUAUCACUGACAAAUUGAUUCAGAACACCAUAAGUCGAAGAUUUGCAGAAUGCACAGUUGUGACAAUAGCGCAUCGGUUGAACACGGUAAUGAACAGUGACCGAGUUUUGGUUAUGGGAGAAGGCCGAAUCCUUGAGUACGAUCAUCCACAUUUGCUGCUGAAAGAUCGAAAUGGUUACUUUUCGCAAAUGCUUCAACAAACCGGAACAACAGUGGCAGAUGAACUUGCGGCGAUUUCCGAACGUAACUAUAACAGUCAACCGAACAUUAGAGUCCGGGAGCCAUCAAACGAAGUCAUCACCGCUGCCAGUGAAUAAAUCGUCCAUUUCUGUUCAGCCAUAGCAUGAACAGUCAACUAUUUAUUAUAGGCACUCUCAUUGCUUAUCAUGUUUAGGAGUUGUCCACAUAUUGCAUCACCCAAUUUCCGUAGUCCCCGCCGCCCCUCACUCAUCAUGUGAUCAACACUACAUUCGAUUAUGGCUGCUGAUCCCUAUGAGGUUCAAGAGCAAUGCUACGACGUCGCAUUCAAGUAACGUUGAAAGACGAGAAUUAUACGUGAACCUAAAAACUUUCUUGCCUAUUCUAACGGUCACCGGCUGCUUAGUUUCCAACACAUAAGCUGGAUAGCAUUGCUCAAUAAUU